AUGAGGUUGAAAGACCGAAACAUCCAAGAUAGGACAUUCCCCGAUCCCCAAAUCCACCUGCGCGCUGAUCAUUACUCCGGUACCUACAACCUAGACAGUUUUCUGCUAUAUUUAGCAAUUCCCUGUCCUCGAGAUCGUGGGACAAACGGCUGGAACAACGGUCUCGAUUUCGCCAAUCCCACUUUGAACGUAUAUUCUACUACGCAAACCUUGCAAACUCGCUGGCUUUUUCUCGUUGAUACCAUCAUCUCAUCGUGA